AUGUUUGGUUAUAGAACUAAUGCAGCUGCCACAGAUGUAGUUGAUAAUAUACAAAAAAAAUAUGAAUGUUGUGGUAGUGCUUCAGGGAUUGAUUGGGCUUACAGCAACACGGGUUCUAUUAUAUUUACGGGGGCAAAACGAAGAAGACGUUUCGGUCAUACAGCGAAUACACUAUUAGAAGAAGAUAUUACAAGUUUAUUCGACGAUGAUUCAUCAGCAUUAUCAUCAAGGACACAUUAUAUUAACCGUAGAGAAACAAAUUACCUUGAUCUACCACCAACGGCUCUGAUGUUAGCGUCUCGAAAAAAGAGACAAGUAAUACCAAAAAAUAAUUUGCCAUAUAAUUUGUUAUACAAUGGUGCAUUUUGGGCUCCGCGAACGUGUUGUUCUAUUAAUACGCCUGGCACAGGUGGUAUAGUACAACCAAGUUGCACAUCUUAUAGCCAAUUUUAUACUGAAGGAUGCUUGAAAUACAUUAUUAGACGAUCCAAUCAACAGGAUAUGGGUAUAGGUAUUAUAAAUUGUUUUAUGAUUAUGUUGGCAUUGAUGGCCAUACCUUUUCUUAUACAUGGAUGUCCGACCUCGGAUGUAGCUGAUAACAAUAAUCCUGAAAAACAAAUACAAUACAUAGAGCAACCUGGUUUCAAUUAUUCUAUGCCAAUAGCCCCAGUCAACACUUAUCUAUGA